AUGAAGAUGAAGGUCCAGGUGAGAUCUCUCAUCCUGCUCGCUGUGGCUGUCCUGCAGGUCAGAUCUCAGAACCAGACUGAGACCAGAUAUGAAGACAUCAUCUCAGUUGCUUUGCCUCAGCUGCUUCCUGGGGAAGAGCAGGCUUUCCGUCCAAUUGUGAACCAGCUCCAAGUCGAGACUUUGAAUGCAGAGGAUGUGGACCAGUCUGAGGUGUCUGUAAGGCUGACCUUCCCCAUGCAAGAGACUUUCUGCAGUAAAUCACAGGGGCAGCCAGGCAAACCAUGCCCUCUGAAGAAAAAUGGGAAACGAAUGAUGUGCAGCAUGAAGGUCAGACAUCCGAUUCUGGAGGCUAGCAACAACCUGAACACUGACCUGUCUACAUGUGUUUGUGAAUACAUGGACGCAGAAGAUGCUUUGCAGCAGAAGAUUCGGACAAGAAGAAGCAAAGUCAGAAUAUGCUCCGAAUGCAGAAAUUGUCGCUCUCCUCCUGGGGGUGGCUCCGUAAUCGGUCAUCCUGUGGGUGGCUCUCCUCCUCCUCCUCUUUUUCAUUGAUGAAUUUAUCAGAGAUCACAGUGAUGGAAAUCGCUUUGCAUAGAUCAGCACGCUACAACCUCUGGAUAACUACAAAGAACCCAUCUAGCAAAGAAAUGUCAUAAGGUUAUUGAUCUUUUUCUUUGUAUCAACGUACCGUACCUACUCUUACAUGCCAAUUGUUGAAUAUUAUGAAAAUUACUUCUAGAUUAUGUUUACGCCAAUAAA